AACAGAAGGACUGAAGAGCUGCUCACAGGAUAACAGUAACAAUGGAAAGACAGUUGGCUGUGCUGCUGCUCUGUGUGUUAAAGAUCGCUGGAGGAUUUCCCGUCUCCUCACCGCUGAGUUGGGACCCGUCCCAGUACUCCCCUGGCUACACCCUCCUCCUCCCAGUUAGGGUUCUAGGUUCGAACGGACCACAGGUGGUUCUGGUGCCAGUGCGCCAUGACUGGAGGACACAGAUGAACCAGAACCCAGCGGCUCAGGCUGAACAGAAACACACACUCACAGAUCCCGAGCAGCAGCAGACAACGAAUCAGAACUUACUGGAGAAUCAGAAUGUAAACAGUCCAUUUGUGCAGCUACCAACAGUCUCACCUGAUACACUCGCACCUGAGAACACUCUCCCACAGGGCCAGGUAUUGCCGGUGUGGAACUCUAUUCCUGGUCUGGUCCCUUUGCAGCCUGGAGUGAAUGGACAGACACUCUUCCCUGUGUGGGCGCCCCCUGCUGGAGGAGCAGCUGCAGGACAGACUCAGGUGGUGUCUGUUGUCCAGCCUGUAGCACUGUCGAAUUCAGCAAGCUCAGAAGAGGGAGACUCACAGGUGAUCUACAUUUUGCCGAUUGAUACUGAGAUUCCAAACAUGGGGAUAAUGGAGAAUGGUCAGAGGGGCAUCAAUCCUGAACUCACCCCCGACACUAACCCUAAUCCUGACCCCAACCUGGGUCACCUGCAGCAAAACCCCACCCCUGCCCCUGGCCACGCCCCCAGCUCAGCCUCUAGCCCCGCUCUUCCUGCAGGUGUCCAGGAAACAACUGUUCCUAGCGUAGGUCAGAGGGGGAGCCGCCAGUAACACACACACACACACACACACACACAUUUAACAGUAUUUCUUUGGCUGUAUUUGAUACCCCAUGUUUAUUAGUUUAUUAUAACUGACAUUGUGGAAUUGUAAUAAAAACUAUU